CAACAUCAAGUAACGGGAUUUGUCCGGUACUCCAUAUUUAAACAUUUUUAAUUUGUACGUAGUAUCUCACAUAGAACAUCCGAAGAUUUUCCCGAUCAAUCUUCCCAUUCUCAGUUUCGGUUCCUUCUCAACUCAUUUUGCUCUCUUUCAAUUUAUUUACGGCUUGACGCAUAUCCUGGAUUCUGCAAGUCUAAACCAAAUUACAGUUCUGUAUUGGAGAAGUUUACGAAGAAUCCAAGUUGAGCGAUGAUGUGGCUAUAGCUCUACUGGAAGAAUUAAAGUUUUGUUUGUGUAAAGUUGAGAGUAGUUAUGAGUGAAACGGGACAUGCAACAACAUUCACAUGUUGUAGAUUAGUGAUGGUGAAUUGCUAGUGAUAUAUGAUUAAAGAUUCACACCAUAGUCAAAUGGAAAAGAUGGGAGCAGAUGAAGAAGAUCUACUACCAGCAUUGCCUAGAGUUGAUAGAUUUGGAUUUCUAAAACAAGAACACGGUCAUUCAAAUGGUCUGGUUAGAAGCAGAUCAGCCUAUGAAUAUCAGAGGGAUGAAAGAAGGAUAAGAAAAUGGAGGAAAAUGAUAGGUGUUGGAGGCAGCGAUUGGAAGCAUUAUGUUCGCAGAAAACCUCAUGUAGUUAAAAGGCGAAUACGGAAAGGAAUUCCUGAUUGUCUAAGAGGGCUUGUUUGGCAGCUAAUUUCUGGAAGUCGGGAUCUUUUGCUUAUGAACCCAGGAGUAUAUGAGCAACUAGUCAUAUAUGAGACAUCGGCUUCUGAGCUAGAUAUCAUUCGAGAUAUCUCUCGCACCUUUCCUUCACAUGUCUUCUUUCAACAGAGGCAUGGACCAGGACAGAGGUCUCUUUACAAUGUUCUUAAAGCAUACUCUGUAUAUGACAGAGAUGUUGGAUAUGUACAGGGCAUGGGAUUUGUUGCAGGCCUUCUGCUUCUUUACAUGAGCGAAGAAGAUGCAUUUUGGUUAUUGGUUGCCUUGUUAAAAGGAGCUGUGCACUCUCCGAUGGAAGGGAUGUAUUUGGUUGGACUGCCUCUUGUACAGCAAUAUCUCUUCCAAUUCGAUCGUUUAGUAAAGGAUUUCAUGCCUAAGCUGGGAGAGCAUUUUUCUCAAGAAAUGAUAAAUCCCAGCAUGUAUGCGAGUCAGUGGUUCAUAACUGUUUUCUCAUACUCCUUCCCUUUUCACUUGGCUCUUAGAAUCUGGGAUGUUUUUCUCUAUGAGGGUGUUAACAUCGUGUUUAAGGUCGGGUUGGCGCUAUUGAAAUAUUGCCACGAUGACCUGGUAAAAUUACCUUUUGAGAAACUCAUACAUGCUCUGCGAAACUUCCCUGAGGAUGCAAUGAACCCAGAUACCCUAUUGUCAAUGGCCUAUACAUUCAAGGUCUCCAAGCGUUUGGAAGAACUGAAAGAAGAAUAUGAAAAGCAGCGGGUCACUGUCCCGGAUGCCCAUUCUAAGCAAAAAGAUCCACCGCCCUGAGUCUGAUAAAUUGUUAAUGGUCCUUGAAGAGGUUGCUUCCAUCGUAGGAAGGCCACAUCUAUUUUGGUGGUUGCAGAUACAUUGACCAAGAUUGCCACUUUAUCACAUAUUCACCAACCCGGCGUAUUCCUUUGAGAGAGAUCACCCAGGAUUUAUUCCAUUAGAUCAUCAUGCUUCAUGGAAUUGUAGUACUUGGUAUAACUUAUCAAGUUGAUGCCUCAGCACGUGUAGGGUUUAUCUUGAGGUUUUGGUGGGAGUCCCUGGGGAUGAAACUUAAGUUCGAUAAUCCGAUACAUAUAUAUUCAUCUGUAGACAGCAAAAUCACAGCAUGUCAUUUACAGGUUUAGUGUAUUUGAUAAUUUUAUCCUCACAAUGGGUGAGGCGUUUCUUUUACCGAAGGAAUAAUGGGAAAAAAAUAGUAUAAAUACCCCAAACUUUAAUGGGUGUGUGAAUUGUGACAAGUAUCCCAAAUUGUGUGUUUUUUACAAAUAUAAAUGCAUUGAAGUAAUU